UGGGGAUUGGCAACCCUAGGUCCCUGCCAAGGGUGUUAAGAGAACAAAGGCCACUCAAUUGCUCUUUGGACCUGGUUCCUUGGAGGAAAAUCUGCAUUUCCCAGGCAGUUCCUUUAAAGGUCUUGAGGUCGGCUCAGCCUCGUUAGACCGGGAAGGAUUAGUUCUUAAACCGCUCUUGGAAGAAGGAGACCGGGUGGGGCUCAGAGCUUGUUGGGUCUUCCUGGUGGACUGCUCAGGUGUGCAGGGGGAGAGAUGGCAGCCCGGUGGCUGUGGCUGAACUUGCUGGGCGUCUUGGCGGUGGCGGCAGUGCAGGAAUCCCUGCUGAACAUGUGCAUGAAUGCCAAGCACCAUAAAGAGAAACCUGGACUAGAAGACGCCCUUCAUAAUCAGUGUUCCCCGUGGAAAAACAAUUCCUGCUGCACAACCAACACCAGCCAGGAGGCGCACAACGAUGAGUCGUACCUGUACAACUUCAACUGGAACCACUGCGGCAUCAUGUCGAAGGAGUGCAAAAAGCACUUUAUCCAGGACACCUGUUUGUACGAAUGCUCACCCAACCUGGGGCCGUGGAUUAACCUGGCCGACAACUCUUGGCGCAAGGAGAGGAUCCUGAACGUCCCGCUCUGCAAGGAGGACUGCGAGCAAUGGUGGGAGGACUGCAAGGACCAGAUGACCUGCAAGGAGAACUGGCACAAAGGCUGGGACUGGUCCAGGGGAAGUAAUCGGUGUCCCUUGGGGAGUCCAUGCCGGCCCUGGACGCUCGUCUUCCCUGAACCCAAAGACCUGUGCGAGAAGAUCUGGAGCAGCUCCUACCAAUACACCACUUUCCGGAGGGGCAGCGGCCGCUGCAUCCAGAUGUGGUUUGACCCCACGCAGGGGAACCCCAAUGUGGCGGUGGCCAAGUACUACUCAAGAGCAGGGCGGGACUUGGCUGUCGGUCUGCCCCUGACAUUGCUCUUUCCUGUGCUCCUUUUCCUGCUCUCGGUGUAGCAAGGUGGACUCCGUGCUCCUCAAACGCCCACUUCGGAAUGCAUCCUUUGCAACGGGUAUUCCAGCUCCUCUGGUGUAGUGCAGGAUCGGAACCAUUACAGAUGGGCAGUUCUGUUGCAGCCUUCCUAGCGACCAAACCCAGCCGGGAAACCUUUCUUUUCUAAAUACCUCUCCUCCUAAACAUGGGGCUUUUCUACCUUCUGCCUGUUUCCCUUCCAAAAUGUCCACGCGGGGCUUUUAAUGGGAAGCAUUGGGGACCCCCUCGGAUAUCUAGGCAAACUGCGCUAUCCUAAAACUUAAGACAGGACCAGCGGCUGGAUCUUUAUGUGCCUCUCCGUUGUAGGGUUGAGAAGGCACUAACCUGAGCGCCAAGGCAAGGGAACAAAUAUUUGGGGAUUAGAGACAGAGCCGUUCCUCUGCUUCCAAAGGUGAAACCUUUCAGCUUGAGAAUUUAGGAAGGAACACUUGUCAAAGCGACGAGGGCAGCACAACCAGUCGAUAACCUUUGUUCUAGGUGUCCCCACCUUUGUGUGUGUCUCCCUGCUUCAUUGGCCGGCUUGAAGACUUCUUCAAAGGGGACACUUGGUGAAUCUUUUCUUUCCAAAUUCUGCUUACAUUUUUGCUUAUGGUGAUGGCUGCUUUGGGUAUAGAGGGAGCCGUUCUUUAAAGGAAGGCCUCUCUCUUGGCCCGGGAAUGGGGUUGCAGGUUAGUUAUCACUGUCAUUUUCGUGAGCUCCUUAAUCGGUGGUGGAGGGUCCUGCGGUGUCCACGAGUGAGAAGCCGAAUCCGCACAAUCACUUUGCUACCUCAUGGCUUAAUGAUGUAUUGGCGUUCACUAGACCAGGUGGCUUCCAGAGCAAAAUCAGAUUAAUUUUUCUUUUAAACAAAAGGGGCAAACACGGAGGUUGGGUGCAAGGAUCAGAACUUGCUACCCACCCUUGUAGCAACCAUGGUUUGUCAAACACUGUGUGGCUGGGAGCUUUUGCCAGACUGGGUGUUCUGGAACUUUGGACUGAGAAGUUACGUCUCUGCACGCUGCUCACGCUAAAUCCUGUUUUGUUCAUUGCUUUUCCACGGCAACUGCUUAGAGCUGGCAGAAGCAGUCUGGAUGUGGCCUUGGUCCCCGGGCAGGUAGGCACUGACGCACUUGGCUUCUCAUAGCUUGUGAGAAGGCAGCUCUGCUUUUCUUUUUGGGCAAAGUCCAGGGGAAACAGAGCCGAAUGUGCUGCCUUCAGCAAUGCCCAGCUGUGCUUCCUGGUUUUUCUUAAAGCCUUAACCAGCUUCAGGAAUCCAUCGAAGAACUGCGCUUUAGCAUCAUGCCGGAAUGUCCAGCGUCGCUCUGCGUUUGCGCUGCCUUCCGGUCCCCGUAUAAAACUUUGUGCGUGUUUCUUGGAAAUGAAAAGGAAUAAAGGUUGGAAAUUGCUUCGA